AUGCCUUCACUCACCCCUCUGGAUAGUCUACUAGGUGCCGCUUAUGUCGGGGUUAUCGUAUCGACUGUAAUAUAUGGCGUCACUUGUCUGCAAGUGUAUCUGUACUACACAGAGCAUUGCAGCAACGACGGACGCUUCGUGAAAGUCUUCGUUGCUGCUUUGAUGUUACUUGACACCCUCUAUGUCGUAUUAUUAGCGCAUUUUCUCUACCACUAUACCAUCACUAACUUCGGGGACUACGCGGCUCUCGUCCCUGAUAUGUGGAGUAUCUUGGUUGAAGUUGUGAUAGGGGAUUUAUUGAGCACCUUGGUCCAAUUCUUCUUUGCGUAUCGUGUUUACUGUCUCAGCAAGAAGCGCAUUGUGAUCCCGGCACUUGUGUGCCUCCUGAGCCUUGGACAAUUAUGUUCGUGA